AUGUAAGAACAUAUAACUUUAACUAUUGAUUAACUUACUAAUCUUCUUUCAAAUAGUGAACAAACUUUAAAUUGGAAUAGUAUAAAUUCUCUCUCAGAUAAAAGUUAAACUCGUUUUAGAUAAAAUGUGCCAAAAAUUGUCUCUUUUGUUGACAUUGAAGAAUUUCAAGAAACUUCUAUAUCAAGUGGACUUUAAAAUUCUAAUAAUCAAUCAAUUAUAGAUAAAAUUCAAGAGUUAGAGGAGGAAAAUAAACAACUAAAAGAAAGCUUAAAAUUUUAUGAAAAAAAAGAAUAUAAUUGGAAAAAUUAAAUGAAUGACUACUAGUUAGAGCAUAUACAAUUAAAGCGAUAAAACUAAUUACUUUAAGACAGAUUAAAUUCUAUAAUAUAAUCAAAAGAAUAGUUAAGCAAAUUUAAAAAAUAAACCGAAUCUUAAAGAUGUAAUUUAGCAUCGCCGUUCUUUCGUCAAAAACCAGACUAAAUUAAAAUUCCAAUUAAUCCUAAUUUAUAAGUGAGAAAACAUACAGCUCCAAGUGGUCAUAAUAAUUCAUCACCUCAUAGAAUGUUUCAUGAGAAAAAGAUAGACAAAUUAAUAUGA